GCAUUUACAUGUCAUACAAAAAAGCAUGGAUUGCCAAAGAAUUGGCAAUGGAACUGGCUAUGGGAUCUGAAAAGGAUUCAUAUGCACGCUUACCUUCAAUGUGUCAUGUGCUUGAAAGGAGUAACCCAGGUUCUAUUGUUUCUUAUUCGUGCAAGGAAAAUGGUGAAUUUAAUAAUUUUUUCAUGUGCCUUUCUGCAUGGAGGGAAGGUUGGAUUCAUUGCAUUCCGGUUAUAAUUGUGGAUGGGUCUUUUUUGAAGUCGUAUUAUAAGGGUACAUUACUCACUGCAUGUACACAAGAUGCAAACAAACAAAUAUUUCCAUUGGCAUUCGAUAUAUGUAGUGGAGAAAAUACCGAAAAUUGGUCAUGGUUCUUCAGUAUGUUGAAGCAUUCUCUGAUGCAUCGGGAUGAUCUAUAUAUUGUGUCUGAUCGCCACGAGGGCAUUAUUAGUUCCGUGCGUUCUGUAUUUUCUCAUGCGCAACAUGGUUACUGUGUUUACCACAUAUUGGCUAAUUUGAAAACAAGAUUUCGUGGCACGCAAAAAACUGUGUCAUGGAAGUUUUUGCAGGCUGCUCGUGUUGGAUCUGUGUACGAGUGUGAAGAGUAUCUUCAAAUGCUGGACAGUGAGGAUCCAUGCAUUCGUACGUAUUUAGAGCGGAUGGGCCAUGACAAAUGGUCUCGUGCUUAUGCUAGUCGAAAUCGGUACUCAGUUAUGAUGUCAAACAACGCGGAGUCAUUAAAUGCAGUUAAUGCCACUGCCCGAGAAUACUCAAUAUGUCAAAUCAUCAUGUGCUUUUGAGUUUGAGGUGUUUGAUAAGAGAUCCCGUUCUUAUGUUGUCAACUUGAAGGAGCAGACUUGCACUUGUUGAGAAUUUCAGCUUGAUGGGUUUUUAUGUGUACAUUCCGUUGCAGCUAUUCGCUCCCGCCCAGGCCUUUCUUGCUACGAUUACAUUUCAGAAUUCUAUACUGCACAUCAUUGGGCACAAACAUAUCGCGGUAUUAUUCAUCCUAUUGGGAGUCCGGAUGGUUGGAUUGUACCUUCACAUGUUAAGCAAAUCACUUGCAACCCGCCAUCAUGUGAAUCACGACCUCCUGGAAGGCCGAAGAAAAGAAGAAUUCCAUCUACAGGAGAACAUGUUCGGAGACAAACAUGCACUCGUUGCCUCAUGGUUGGACACAAUAGAAAGACUUGUAGAAAUCCUAUUCCGCUACACAUGCGUUAAAAAUUGUUUUUAUGUGCCGUUUUAAUUUUAACAUUGUUGCGCAUCUAGUCACG